AUGCAAUCAGAGGAGCAUUGCCAUACUAAUUCGUCAAAUUGUUCUUCAACAUCUAAUACCUCAAUAACUACUACCAAUCACAUAAAAAAGAAAAGGGUCGUUAGAGCUUGUUCAUCAUGUAGAAUUAAAAAAACCAAAUGUGAUGGUAAAAAACCAUGUAAUCGUUGUUUAAUUGAUAAUAAAAUUUGUGUAUUCACUGAAAAGAAAAAAAUUAAAGAAAAAAAUCAUCCUCAAGGUUAUAUUGAAUUAUUAGAAACAAGACUAGAUAUUUUAAGUAAACUGUUUGAAAAUUUAAUUGAAUUAUCAAGACCUUAUUUACCAGUUAUUGAUAAUAUAAUUAAAGAUCAAACAAUCCCUUAUGAAGAAAAUGAAGAUUCAUCUAGUGAAGAUGAUAUAAAAGAUUAUGAUGUUAUUCCUAUAAAUAAAGUUGUUAAUUAUCUUAUUGAAGAAAAAGGUCUUUUAAACAAUUUACCAAUCGAAUGGGAAGAAGGUGCAAAUAUUGCAGCAAAAUUUAACAAUAAAAAUAAAUCAAGUUCUUCGAAAUUAUUUGCUGAUCAUAAAACUGAAAAUUUAGCAAAUGAUUCAAAUAAUUCACCAAAUUUAAAACCAACUUCUUCCAAUACCAAGAGAAACAAGAAAAUAAAAGAAGAAUCAACUUCACCAAUUUUUGAUCAAUCAAGUUUUUCAAAUAAUUUUAAUAAUUAUUUACAAAAUUCAAAUGGUAAAUAUUCAAUAUGUUCGAAUGAUCCUACAUUAUCUGAUGUUGAAAGUGAUAGUCCAAAUAGAAAUCCGGAAUCAAUUUCACCACCUUUUAUACUUGAUUCUCAACAAGGAUAUCAUUAUCAUGGCUCAUUAAAUAAUGUUCCAACGGCUGCUUCAUUAUUUUCAAAUAAUGGAAGUACUUCAAUAAGUAAAAAUUCAUCGAUGACUUCAUUAAGUAAUAAAUAUGAAAAUCAUUCAAUUUCAGUAUCAACAAAUUCUACUUCAAUAUCACAACCAAAUUCAGCUAAUUCAGCAAAUUCUCCUCCACAAUCAAUAUUUACAUAUAAUCCAAAAUCAAUACCAACAAUUCGUAGAUCUUCAUCAACUUCGUUAUCACAAAAUCAAAUGAAAGGUACAAAGAGUGUAAGUAAUAAUAAUCACGUUCAUAAACCUAUUCAUGCAAAUCAUAAUAGAAUGAAUUCAAUAGAGUUGAAGAAAAGACAUAAUAGUAAUGAAGAAUUAAUAUCACCAGAAAACUCAACAUCUAAUACUAUAUUAAAUCAACCAAAUUCUUCAUCUUCAAUUAUAACUACAAAUAUACCAAAUAAUGAUUUUAAUGGAUUUAAUCAAUUCGAUAAUGAUGAUCAAAAUAUUUUGUUGAAUAAUGGACUUAUAAAUCAAUUUGAUGUGAAUAAUAACAGUAACACUUUGAUUAAAUCAGAAUUUAAUAAUGGGGGUUAUAAUUUAGGUAAUGCAAAUAAUUUUGAUGUUUUAAUUGGUAAUUAUGAUCCAUUUAUGAAUAGUAAUAGUCCAUUUUUAGAGAGAUUUUAG